AAUGGACCCUUAAUAAUUAAUUGAUAAUUUAAACGAUAUCUUACUGAGCGAUUACUUUAGGUACAUUGAAGUCUUGGGAAGAGGCAGUUUUGGAAUUGUGGUUGCAGCCUACAGUUAAUAGUUAGAUAAAGUGGUGGCUAUCAAAGUAUUGCCUUUUAAAACACUAGAUUACGCCCUAUUUUGAACAGGAGAAUGAGUCAUCGCUUUUGUAAGAGAGUUCUCAUCCAAAUAUUGUCAAAUUGUACAAGGUUAGAAUUUCUCCUUAUACUCCUUAAGGUUCUGGUUGCUUAUAAUUUUAUCUACCUCAUCAUGGAAAGACUAAUUGGAACUACGCUAGAUGUUGUCUUGAAGGAACAAACACUUGACGAAUUCCAAAUUAGAAACAUUAUGCUCUAAGUCUUAAAUGCUUUGGCCUUCAUACAUCGCAAAGGAAUCAUACAUAGAGAUCUCAAGCCUGGUAUUUUGUCAAACUAAAAUUAGAAAACAUCUUUAUUUCUAAUGGCAAUCAUGUGAAAUUGAUAGAUCUAGGCCUAGGAUACUAGAUUGUGUGCAGAGGCAUCAUCGGCUAGCAAGUUGGAACUCCAUAUUAUAUUGCACCUGAACUCAUAAAUGGUUGUGAAUAAACGCAAGUAUUUUAUACUAUUUAAAUAAGGCGCUUGAUAUCUUCUCUCUUGGAGUAAUAUUUUACCAGAUGCUGUGCAACAACAAGCACCCUAUCUGGACUGAAGGGCAAACCAAAAAAGAAUAUUACCAUACUCUUUCUCGAGAAUUUCAUAUCACCUAUCCCCCUCAUCUAUCGGAGUAUAUCUUAUUCAUAAUAUCUAAGAAUGGCCCAGGAUUUCAUCAAGAACACCCUUACUCGCAGUCCGAUCGAUAGAAUGACAGCAGAAUAAUGUUUGGAACACCCCUGGUUAUUGGGAGAGGACCGAAAGUCUCAUCCGAUCACCAAUAAAGAAAUCAUUUAAAGAUACAAUUUUAUUUAAAAGUUUCAGCUUGUACUUAAAUUAAUUUUAAAAAUAUUUAGAUAGUGAAGGCAUUGUAGAUGGUCAAGGUCUUCAAAUAGCAAUGUCAUGAAGAAAUGUACUAUCUGAAAUCAUAGAAUUCUGAUGAAAUCAAUGAGAUCUUCCUUAAUGAUGAUGCUCCCAAAACUUAAAGAGUCUACACUGAUACGCACAUCAAUAUUCGUCAUCAUCAGAAAACCUACUACAAACCGCAGAGUUUGAAGACUAUUUAAUUAACCAAGAUGACUUCCUCCUAAGAUCUGGUGUCGAGUACUAAAAAUAAAAUGCUCAAUUCGAAUCGAUGCUACAGUAACUACGUCAUAUAAUAAUAAUUCUAGAUUGCACUUCCAGAUACAAAACUUCUCUGGACAUACAAUUGCCAAAAGUCAAUAGUUAGAAGAGAAUUCAUUUGCAAUUACCUUCCAUCUCUCCUUAUUAAACAAGAUAAUCUAGCUUUGUUUUUAGAUAGUAAUGA